UUCUUACCCUGCACAUUCUUGACAGAAAACACGGACGACAGUCGGAAAAGCAGAUCUCAGAAAUGGCAGAAAAUGAGUCGUCGCGUCGUGGCGACGCUCAGUCAACAACCGCCCAGUCCGUGCAGAGCGCUCUCGCUGCACCACCUACAGGCGCCAGCAGUGUACUGCAGGGAGGACUGAGCCUCACGCCACUGGAUUCCAGCAGUGACCGAGUGGUUCAGCCGUUUCCACGCUCGCCAAAACUACAGAGGAGGAAAUCUGCCAAGCCCACGAAGGAGCAGCUGUCCAGACAGUUAGACGAGCUACUGGCGGAGAGAUCCAGGACUGACGCUCACAUCAAGUCUCUGAAAAAGCGCAGCACAGACCUGUCUAGGAGCACAGAGGCGAUGAAGCAGCGCGUCCUCGAGCACUUCGAGAACAUGCGAGCUGCCCUGAGGCGGGAUGAGCAGGCCGUCCUGGACUCGCUGGAGCUGGACCUGAGGCGGACCAGAACCAGGCUGGACCAGGUUCUGAAGACCUGGAAGCAGCACCAGGACCAGGUCACCAAGAGCGUCUGCAGCAUCCAGAGAGCGCUGAGCAAGAGCUCGGCAGCGAAGGAAGACGACGAGGGUCAGUUCGAGCCUCUGAGUCAUAAGAAGCCCGACGCCUCUGAAAAGGAAAUCCGGCUGAACGACGAGAGAUUCGAGAGGCUCCUGAAAACGCUGUUCUCCGUCUCUAAAAACCUGAAAGCCCAGCUGCAGAGGAAGACGCUCCUGUUAGAUGCGUCCCCUGUAGUGAUUGACAGGCAGACGUGUCACAGUCAGAUCACGGUGACCUCAGAGGGGCGGGGCAUGUCCUUCUCAGGCUCCGGCCCGUCCGGCCACGAUCGCCCUCUGCAGUUCGACAAAGUCUGCUGCGCUCUGGCUUCAUCGCCGAUCACGGCGGGUCAGAAUUACUGGGAGGUCGACGUGCGCUGCUGCUCAGCCUGGGCUGUGGGCGUGGCCUACACCAGCCUGCAGCGGAAGGGAAAGGACAAGGGCGCCAAGCUGGGCCGGAACAGGAACUCGUGGUGCGUGGAGCUCCGCAACCACAGCCUGUCCGCUUGGCACAACGACCGGCACGUGGCGUGUCACGGCGUCGGGCAGACGCCGCUGGCGAGGGUGGGCGUGUGGGUGAAUUACGACAAGGGUCAGCUGAUGUUUUACGACGCGGACGCCAUGGUCGUCCUGCAGAAGUUCUCUGCGGCUGUGACGCCGGUGUUCGACAGAGCUCAUCACCAGUUCACCGAGCCCCUGUAUCCCGCCAUACGCUUCCUGAAGCCGUCACAGAACCAGACGUGGCCGAACCACAUGGAGCUCUGUCACCUCAGCGCUCUGUGAGGUGGAGGAGGACGACGACGCUCGCUUCAUGUUCAAGAUAACGCGUGCAGUUGUUCAGGUCGAUGUACAGCACUUUACAAAUUUAUUAGAGCACCAAUGUUCGGUUUGAGUGUUUUUGUUCUUUUAGCACAGCCCUGAUGUAUGCGAUGUAAUAAGAAACUAACCUGAAGUCAAUGUCCAGCAGCAGACUCUUCAUCGGCUCAUGUUGCUGCUCCAGGUUUCGCAGUUUUAUCAACUCCUGGAGUCUGAAAUAAACACAACCAUUAACAAACUAA